ACUUCACCGCGGAGAGCAUUGAGAAACUUAAAUUGCAGCACGAAAUCGUGUUACAUGAGUAAAAAUAAUGGAUUUGUAGUUAAAAAUUAAUUAGUUAGUAGUGCAUUAAAUUAAAAUUGCAAUUACCUCUGGCCGGAGGUAGUUGUGGUCAUAAACUUCACCCUAAUAAACUUUGAUGAAGACAAGUUAGCAUCCUCGGGUCGAAGUAGGUCAGAUUUGGCGAAACAUGCCUCCAAUUUCGCCCAAAAGGAUAAAACGAGAACCACUUGCUACGACAUAUUCACCAGCAAAGGAAUCAUCAUCAUCUGCUGUCGCUGGAACUUCGUCCAGAAGUUCUCUUCCUCCUCAGCCUAAUGGAAAACCGAUUGUUAAACCUGAACCGGUUUCGGACAAAGAUGAGGAGAACGACGAAGAACUUCCAGCACCCGACCCGAAUAAUCCAAAAAAAUUUAGAAGAAUUCGUUCUCCAGACUCCGAUGAUGAUGACGAAUACGUUCCACUUGUUUCAAGACCAGUGCCAGACAGCUCCGACGAAGAGACAGAGAGCUCGUCAGCAGAGUCAGAAGAAUCACCUAAAGCUAAAUUUCAGAGAGAAUCACCAAAAAGAAGGGGGGUCAGAACUCGUCGUCAAAGAGCUAAGGAAAAACACGAGUCAGACGAAGUAGAGAGUGAAUCUUCUGAAACUAAAUCCCUUGACGGAUUUAUAGUCGGUGACGAUGAAGAUCCCAGCGAUCCUGAAGAUGAAGAAUGUGAAUCUAUUAAGAAAAAAAAGUCAAAAAAGAAAUCCAAGAUGCGAUCAAAAAAGUUAAACAGGAGGAGACGACCAAGAAGAAAACGUGCUACCUCCCCAUCAAGCUCCGAUACGGAGGAUGAAUCUUUCAAUAAUGGGAUGAAAUCUAAAUCACAAUCUCCGAGAUCACCAAAAAAACGAUUUACAAAGACUAGACGCAAAUCGGAAUCUUCAUCCACGGAAUCGUCAUCCGCAUCUCCUCGUCGACGCGACCUGGGAAAUGAUGUAAUUUCGGAGUUGCGUAGUAUUAUCCCAACGUGUACAGGGGUUACGACUAAACGAAGAAAACGAAACCGUUCUAGUGGUGCAUACGUUCAUGGGGAUGAAUCUCAUGAUGAAACUAAAGAUGCAGGAGGGUCAGACGACAGUUUCAUUGAUGACAACAUUAAAUAUGCUCCUGGGAUUUUAGAGUCUUCCGGUACCUCUGAUGAAGACGCUGUCGAGGAACAUCCGUCAAUUUUAGAUGAACCAGGAUCAUCGUCAUGCCUUGAAGUUCCUACUUCCUCUUCGUCCCCAGAGGACGAAGACGAUGCCAGAUCUGAAAAGAGUGAAAGCAGCAGUGGAGAUGAUCGUCGUCGCAAAGCUUUUGACAACAUAUUAAAGAAAGCCAAAGAAGAAAUAUGUGACCUUUGCAAAUCUCUGGGCGAUGCUGACUUCAGACGUCGGAAUGGUUAUGUUGAUGCCGAUAAAUGGUGCCAAUGUGGCCUGUGCAAAGUAGUCAGUCCUAAAAUGAGUAACUACGACCGAGUUUGUUGCAAAGAACCUUCCAAUAUUAAAGAAUUCUUCGUGAAGGAAAAAAUGGGAGGUCGUGGUAAAUGUAUCACUGAUCAUCCCAGGUUCAACAUGAAGGUUUUGCAGUGCGAAGCCCUUCUCAAACAUUCAAAUAGAAAGGGUGAAAAGGAGAAAUUACGGGAAGAAUUUCGUCAUUGCACAGACAAACAAAAAGUGUCAAAAUGCAAGGAUGCCUUCCUUCAGUGGAUAUUCGAACAUGUUAAAGAAGGCAAUUCAAACCUUGUUCCUGCCUGCGUGGGUGCAAAAAUUAGACAAAGGUGCGUCCCAAAUGCUGGGCCUUUAUACUUUGAGACUUUCAAGGUUAACAAAAUUUGCCAAUAUGGGAAACAUUGCACAAAUGCGAAAAUGCAUGUCUAGAAAAAUACGAAGUAGCACUGUCAAGUCGACAGUGUCGAUCAUAUUUUAUUAUAUUGAACCUAAUAGUAGACUGAAAAUAUUUAUAAAUCAAGUAAUCUCAGGGUACGAUUGCUGAGCAUCAUACAAAUAUUUUUAUAUAAAAAAUGUUGUCAUUAUAUUAAUUUAGUUUGUGUUGUGAUAUGUAACUUUCAUAAUUGACGCACGUAUACUAUCGAAUCGAUGAAAUAUUUAGAUAAAAUAUGUCAUUUAAAAUAUUUAAUUAACUAUGAUAACAUUUAACAUUAUGUAUGUUGUAAACCGUUACAGGAAUUUAGUUUAGUUUAUACACACCGAGAUAAUGAUACGCUACGUUAUCAUUAAUAAACGCUUUCUAGCAAUCAUGUCAAUUGAA